AAAAACCUAGAUGGAAUAUCCCAGUCUUAACCGGUUUCAACCGGUCUUGGGUUUGAAGCAUGAGAUGAAGAGCUAGCGUACACGCUCUUACACAGCCCUGCUAUCAAAUAUUAUAUACGAAUAGAACCAAUAAUAAACUCAAGAUUAUUUUAUUUUGUGAUUAUGAACCGGAAUAACGCAAUACGUGUGACUCCGUAAAUUGUUAGCUAGCCAAGGGAAGCUAAGUCAUCAUUGGCUUGUGCAUUAGCAGGCUAACUUGAUAACAUUUCUCGCCGUCAGCAACGGUUUAAUCAUUGUUAAGAUACUUCUAGACUAGUCCGUGGACAUUUAUUUGCUAUAUGGUAAAUUGUUAAAUGUACAUUAUCAUACUGAAACUUCGCUUCAGUGGCAGGACAUACAGCUAACAACGUGCUAUUAGGACAUAAAUCAUUUGGCUAGCUAGCUAAUUAGCCAGGAAGCUAGCUAGCGAAUGUCAACCACACUGGAACGUGUGCCAUGAGAUAGCCUGACAUCCAGCCAGACGAGAGUAGAAAAAUAAGAGCAAAAGUCUCUUUUUUUAUUUUUUAUUAUUACAACGGAAAGACUAAAUAAGAGCUCUAUGCCAGCAAACAUGACAAUGUUGGCGGAUCAUGCAGCAAGACAGCUGCUAGACUUCAGUCAAAAGCUGGACAUCAAUCUGCUGGACAAUGUAGUCAAUUCCAUGUACUAUGACAUUGGAUCACAGCAACGCAUGGCACAGGAGGUGCUGACAAACCUGAAGGAUCACCCGGACGCAUGGACACGAGUCGACACCAUCCUGGAGUUUUCUCAGAACAUGAAGACUAAAUACUAUGCACUGCAAAUUCUGGAGACUGUGAUCAAAACACGCUGGAAGAUUCUUCCAAGAAAUCAAUGUGAAGGAAUAAAGAAGUAUGUCGUUGGUCUGAUUAUCAAGACCUCAUCUGAUGCCGCAAAUGUUGAGAAAGAUGGAGUGUACAUUGCAAAACUCAACAUGAUCCUCGUACAGAUCCUGAAGCAGGAGUGGCCCAAGCACUGGCCCACCUUCAUCAGUGACAUCGUGGGUGCCAGCCGCACCAGCGAGAGCCUGUGUCAGAACAACAUGAUCAUCCUCAAGCUGCUCAGUGAGGAGGUCUUUGACUUCUCCAGCGGACAGAUGACCCAGGUCAAGGCCAAGCACCUGAAAGACAGUAUGUGCAAUGAAUUCUCGCAAAUAUUCCAGCUCUGCCAGUUUGUCAUGGAAAACUCCCAGAAUGCCACUCUGGUCCAAGCCACACUCGAGACUCUCCUGCGCUUCCUGAACUGGAUCCCCCUGGGGUACAUAUUUGAGACCAAAUUGAUCAGCACUCUGGUGUACAAGUUCUUGAACGUGCCCAUGUUCCGCAACGUGACGCUGAAGUGUCUGACGGAGAUCGCCGGCGUGAGCGUCAACCAGUACGAGGAGCAGUUUGUCAACCUCUUCACGCUCACCAUGGGUCAGCUCAAACAGAUGCUCCCCCUGAACACCAACAUCCGCCUGGCAUAUUCCAACGGAAAGGACGACGAGCAGAACUUCAUCCAGAACCUCAGCCUGUUCCUCUGCACCUUCCUGAAAGAGCAUGGACAGCUGAUCGAGAAGAAGCCUAACCUUAGGGAGACACUCGUGGAGGCUCUCCACUACAUGCUGCUGGUGUCUGAGGUGGAGGAGACAGAGAUCUUUAAGAUCUGUCUGGAGUACUGGAACCACCUGGCGGCCGAGCUCUACAGGGAGAGCCCCUUCUCCACCUCCACCUCCCCCCUGCUCUCUGGGAGCCAGCACUUUGACGUGCCGCCACGACGGCACCUCUACCUGCCCGUGCUCUCCAAGGUGCGUACGCUGAUGGUGAGCCGAAUGGCCAAGCCAGAGGAAGUGCUGGUGGUGGAGAACGACCAGGGCGAGGUGGUCCGAGAGUUCAUGAAGGACACAGACUCAAUCAACCUCUAUAAGAACAUGAGAGAGACACUGGUUUACCUGACCCAUUUGGACUAUGCGGACACGGAGCGCAUCAUGACGGAGAAGCUGCACAACCAGGUCAACGGGACAGAGUGGUCGUGGAGGAACCUGAACACSCUAUGCUGGGCCAUCGGCUCCAUCAGCGGAGCCAUGCACGAGGAGGACGAGAAGCGGUUCCUGGUCACCGUCAUCAAGGACCUGCUGGGCCUCUGUGAGCAGAAGAGGGGGAAGGACAACAAGGCCAUCAUCGCCUCAAACAUCAUGUACAUCGUGGGCCAGUACCCACGCUUCCUCCGAGCCCACUGGAAGUUCCUCAAGACUGUUGUUAACAAGCUCUUUGAGUUCAUGCACGAGACUCACGAUGGCGUGCAGGACAUGGCGUGCGACACCUUCAUCAAGAUCGCCCAGAAGUGCCGGCGCCACUUUAUCCAGGUGCAGGUGGGCGAGGUGAUGCCCUUCAUCGAUGAGAUCCUCAACAACAUCAACACCAUCAUCUGUGACCUCCAGCCCCAACAGGUGCACACGUUCUACGAGGCGGUGGGCUACAUGAUCGGGGCCCAGACGGACCAGGCCGUGCAAGAGCACCUCAUUGAGAAGUACAUGCUGCUACCCAACCAGGUGUGGGACAGCAUCAUCCAACAGGCCACCAAGGUAAGUCACACUCCACUAURGGAUUGUGUUUUGGUUACCUGUUUCAAAGCAUUUUAAAUUGUAUGGAUGCAA